AUGGAAGCAAAACCUGAGCCAGACACGGUUGCUGAUAGCACUUCCGUCCUGAGCAAUAUCCCAAUUAACCUACCCCAUCGUCCUAAAAAGCUGGCUGAUGAGGAUCGUGACCAGCUAGAGGCCGAAAACAAGGAGGAUAUUGGUGAGAAUAAUAACGGGAAUGUGGAAGCAGCCAGUGAGAACCAGGUCAUCGAGGGCGAAAAAACCAUCGCGGAGUCUUUGGACAAGACAAUAUCGGUUCCCGUGAAGAAGAAGUCCAAGAAGAGAUCCAAAGGGAAGAAGGGCAAGAAGAAGAUCACAGGUUUCGAGGAGUACUACGUCGACCCGCCCAUGACUCCCGCUGAGCAUGAAGAGGAAAAAUCUAUCUAUGACCCGCGUCUCGAGACAGCAAUCCAGAGGUACCAAGCUAAAAGACGUCUCGAUCCUGAGAGAAGGCAUAUUUUCACGAAGUAUAUGGCUUUUGGCGGUGUCGAUGUUGGACCUAAGAUGUUUGAAGGAAAUGACCAGCGAGACCUCCAGUCCAUGGAUGCAGAGGCCAUCGCUACCGCAACUGCAUCAUCUAAUAUCCCCCACGACCGUGACAAGUGGAAUGUUGACUUUGAAACUGUUGCCAAAGGGUUUUUAUCAUCUGUUUUCCCCCAGAUGUUUGCGGUCGACACUGAGCAGCUUGUUCAGCUUGGAACUAAUACUAUCAAAAACUUCCUCAAUUACAUCAUAUACCAUGAUGUCUGUCCAGAGUAUCGAGACGACAUUAUGGCUGCCCGCAAAAUAACUGACCAGGCAGCCGAACAACUGUGGAAGGCUUACCAAGCUGAUGCUAACGCACCGGGAGACUUCAACACUGCUUGCAGUACACUUUUCGGUGAUUCGUUCUUUGAUAUGUACACUGAAGAACGAGAAUGGGUGGAAAAUUCAGACACGAUUCCAUUUAUGACAUUGACCGCGGCGAGAAAGGUUGUUAAGUUUGGAAUUGCUGCUAUAGGAAGCCUUGAGCAAGUGGUUAAAUUCCGAGAACUGGCGGUCUCCAACAAACUACGAGAGAAGCUCGUUCAUGAAUAUGGGUUUGAAGUUACCGCAAUCAUCCCUCCAUCGACUGAAGUCACCGAAUUCUACGAACAGAAUGCCCCUGAUCUCAAACCAAUUGGGACAAUCCGAGCGAUUGCCUGGCGUGACUCCAGCCUGCCAGAUGAGGACCUUGCACCAGGUGAAGAACCACCCGCUUAUAGACACAUGAAGUUUGAGUUCUUUGUGGAGAAAAGCCUUCUCCCAUUCUUUUUCGUUCGAAUGAAGGUCGAUGCAAACGUGUGGGAGCUCAGCUGCGGAGUUCAUUACUUUGACAAGUUCAUGGCCACCUAUUGCUCGUUCCAUACUACUUUGCCGAAUGAAGGGAUCUUGAACUGGAAAGAGCCUCGAGAUUUAAGGGGAGACCAUAUUGUCUGGGGAUCCAAGAGGACCGAAACUGUUGAAGAUGAGGACGAAGAGAGUGACAUUGAGGAUUAA